CAGUUCACUUCCGGUCUGGGCCUUUCGAAGAUGGAGACUAUCCUGGAACAGCAGCGACGCUACCAUGAGGAGAAGGAGCGUCUUAUGGACGUUAUGUCAAGGGAACUGAUGAUUAAAAAGACAACGCUAAGGGACCAAAUAAACUCAGAUCACAGAGCCAGAGCAAUGCAAGAUCGAUACAUGGAUGUAAGUGGAAAUCUAAUCGAUUCAUAUGAAGAUAAAGACGGUUUAAGAAGAGAAGAACUGAAUUCUAUUUCUGGGCCCAAUGAUUUUGGAGAAUUCUACAACAGACUAAAGAUGAUAAAAGAAUUUCAUCGGAAGCAUCCAAAUGAGAUUUGUGUCCCCAUGUCAGUUGAAUUUGAUGAACUCUUAAAAACCAGAGAAAAUCCAAGUGAGGAAGCACAGAAUUUGGUAGAAUUCACAGAUGAAGAAGGAUAUGGUCGUUAUUUGGAUCUGCAUGAUUGUUAUCUGAAGUACAUUAAUCUAAAGUCAUCAGAAAAAUUGGACUACAUUUCCUAUCUGUCCACUUUUGAUCAACUUUUUGACAUUCCUAAAGAACGGAAAAAUGCUGAAUAUAAACGGUAUUUGGAAGUACUUCUGGAAUACCUCCAGGAUUACACUGACAGAGUGAAACCACUGCAGGAUCAGAAUGAACUCUUUGGCAAGAUCCAGAAUGAUUUUGAGAAGAAGUGGGAGUCUGGGACUUUUCCAGGAUGGCCAAAAGAAGCUAGCAGUGCCCUCACUCAUUCUGGAGCUCACUUGGACUUGUCUGCCUUCUCUUCUUGGGAGGAAUUGGCCUCUCUUGGAUUGGAUAGAUUAAAGUCUGCUCUUUUGGCAUUGGGACUAAAAUGUGGAGGAACUUUGGAAGAAAGAGCUCAACGACUUUUUAGCACUAAAGGUAAAUCACUAGAGGCCCUGGAAUCAUCACUGUUUGCAAAAAAUCCCAAAGCAAAGGGAACCAGAAGAGACACUGAGAAGAACAAAGACAUAGCAUUUCUAGAAGCACAAGUGUAUGAAUAUGUAGAGAUACUAGGGGAGCAAAGGCACCUAACUCAUGAAAAUGUCCAGCGCAAGCAGGCCCGUACUGGGGAGGAACGGGAGGAAGAGGAGGAAGAACAGAUCAGUGAGAGUGAAAGUGAUGAUGAGGAGAAUGAAAUUAUUUAUAACCCAAAAAAUCUUCCCCUUGGUUGGGAUGGCAAGCCUAUUCCAUACUGGUUGUACAAGUUACAUGGAUUAAACAUCAACUACAACUGUGAGAUUUGUGGAAACUACACCUACCGAGGACCUAAGGCAUUCCAGAGGCAUUUUGCGGAAUGGCGCCACGCUCAUGGAAUGAGAUGUCUUGGAAUUCCCAACACUGCUCACUUUGCAAAUGUUACACAGAUAGAGGAUGCCGUUUCUUUGUGGUUAAAACUCAAACUACAGAAGUCUUCAGAGAGGUGGCAACCAGAUACAGAGGAGGAAUAUGAAGAUUCCAGUGGCAAUGUUGUGAAUAAAAAGACAUAUGAAGAUCUGAAACGCCAAGGACUUCUGUAAUUUUAGAGACAUUGGUUAAAGUUUUGUAUUGAGGCUCCUUCUGCACAGUAUAUUUCAUGGGUUUUUUUUUUGUUUUUUUUUAUCAUCCUGUUUAAUAAUGUUUGCAGAACCAUGUUGACAAACGUAGUUUCUGCUUUAUCUUGUAUGAUUCAAUUGUAGUUUUUUAAUUAAAAAAUUAUCAAAAAUCAA